UGAAACAAUGGCUGAAGAGGCACAUAAUGGAGCAGGAGCUGAGAAGGAAGCAACUCAGAAUGCCGUCGUCUUCAUGGCGGUGAAGCCGCAGCUGUUUGUGAAAGCGCCAAAGGCUAAAGACACAGUGCAGUUCUACAAACAUGCUUUCGGUGCUGAGGAGGUGGGACGUGUGAACCACCCUAAGAGGAAGGCCGAGCAGGAGACACCACUCAUCCUCUCUGUUGAACUCAAGAUUGGUUCAUCUAUCUUCGUUGUCUCUGACCUUACUGAUGAGGACUCUACUGCUCCUGUGAAGACUUCUUUGACUGGAUAUGUUUUCUACUUGGAGACUGUGGAUGUUAAUUCUGCUACGGCCAAGGCUAUCGCUGCUGGUGCAAUUGCUGAAAUUAAAGCAGAAGACGGUGGUGCUGAUGGUGGUCGUCUUGGGGCGAAGCUGAUUGAUCCUUAUGGCAAUGUCUGGUUGGUCUGCUCACCAGUGAAGGAAUCUGAGUAA